GCACCUCUCUUCUACAGACAACAACAGUUAAAAUCUCAGUCUUUGUUGUUGUAGUUGUAGAAGCUUCACCAUGCUAUGGAACUUUCUGACCAGUAUAUUAUUACUGGCGAAUUACCCAGGGGGAUAUUCACAAUGUCAAAGCGGUGCCGAGUUGUACUACCUUUUCCCACACGGAGAUAUUUGUUACUGGAUACUGAGUUUAUAUUCGCCGAGAAAUGCGGCAGACAGUGAAACUGGCUGUAGGAGUGAGAACGGAGAGCUAGCUUACAUCCCCAACAUAUAUGCUCUCAUCACAGUGAUGCAACUAUUAUUGAAUAAUAAUGCGAACGUCAGCGGCUGGUAUGCUUACUUGGGAUAUAGUCGGGUAACCUCUUCCACUACAUUAUUGGAAAUACAAAACAGUGGCGUUUACCAAACGUGGAUACCAUGGGACCAAGUGAUGGGCCAACCAUUACAAAGCAGCUUGGGAUGUAUAGCACUUCAUGGCACCUCGGGGCUUUGGCAUGACAUGCACUGUGCUAAUAACAUAAGGGCAAUAUGCUCAACGCCUUAUCACACAGAUACAACACAGGCCCCAACGAUCACCUCUACAACGACACGGGUCCCAACAACAACCACUACAACCACCCAAGAACCGACAACCACUACAACAACAACUCAGGAACCCAUAACAACAACUACUACAACAACUCAGGAACCCACAACAACAACCACUACAACAACUCAGGAACCCACAACAACAACCACUACAACAACUCAGGAACCCACAACAACAACCACUACAACAACUCAGGAACCCACAGCAACAACCACUACAACAACUCAGGAACCCACAACAACAACCACUACAACAACUCAGGAACCCACAACAACCACUACAACAACUCAGGAACCCACAACAACCACUACAACAACUCAGGAAUCCACAACUACUACAUCAACAACUCAGGAACCGACAACCACUACAACAACAACUCGGGAACCGACGACCACUACAACAACUCAGGAACCCACAACCACUACAACUCAACCACCAACAACAACGGCAACGACCAAGGAACCGAAAACAACAACGACGACGACUACUGAUGUACCGACAACAACAACGACAACAACCGAUGAACCCACCACAACUACAACUACAACGCAGGAUCUAACAACCAGUAGAAUAACCAUUGAAGAAUUAUCUACAUCGAGCCACACGGAUUGCGUGUGCCCAUGCGAUCAUAGUCCUCAUACAGAGUUUUUCUCAACCGUUAAUAUGACUGAGGAGCUACAGGCGAAAUUGGACAGUUUAAAGGAGGAAACAAAAGUUGAUGAGGAGACUUUAUCGUCAACUAUCAGAAAGAGGACCAGUGCCCACGAUCCCCGUCCGUCCUCGACCUAUGUUGGAUACUUGGGCAUAGCACUUCUCUCCUUUAUAUUUGGUGGCCUGAUCCUUGCAGAUCUGUUAAGUGUGAUCAUCACCUUAAAACUCAUUUUAUAAAAGUAUAUCUUCGUCGGUUUGGAUGCAUAUAUACAAAUAAGGUUGAUCCACGUUGCAAUGUGCACGAGUGUCGUUACAACCGAUAUAGACACACUGUACCGAUUACCAGUUACAGCAUCUUUCCGACCCGUUUAUCUACACAAGAUCAGUAGCCUAUUCGGCACGGUGUGAAUAUAUAUACUCUAUGUCGAUGUUCCAUCGAGCAAUAAUAUAUAGUUACCAUUUCGUCACAUAGACAUACAGGUAAACAUGAUUUUCGCUCACACUGUAAGUCAGAGCUUGAAAAGCAACGACACUCCUACAUAUUGUUACGUAUCUAUUUGUGUAAAGAUAAACCUGGUUUAUACAUAAAUAGACUUUUUCAAAAGGACAGAUGUUAAGUAAAGAUAAACCUUGUUUAUACAAAAAUAUACUUUUUUUUCAAAAAGGCAGAUGUUAGGUAAAAUCUUAAAAUUUUAAUGCAGAUUUAUACCGAAACAUUCCAAUGCUGAAUCUCAACGAGGAGUUUAGUCAGGAAAACAACAUCUUUGAGAGAAUAUCAUUAGAGAUAACAACUAUGUUACCGUUAAAUAACGUCAGAUUGACUCAGUCCACAUGGAUUCAUCAUCGGCAAAAAAAUGUCUAAUCAUUGUUUAUCGGUGAAGUUGAUCAAGAAUGUUGAGUUACAUGCUGCAAGUAUUACAAAGUGUGGAAAAAACUAGCAUAACUGCAGUAAAACAAUGACUUUAAUACCUGUUUAUGAGGUAACGCUGGUCGGCUUAUCUAUAUUUUUAAAUUAGUUUUCAAGAAGGAAAAAACAUCUAUAUUAUUAUUCAUUUAAGCAUUUAACUGCGUUCAGAUUCGGGCUAUAGGAAUAUGUACGUCCAUUGUAUGAUUACAGAAAAAAAGCAUGAACCACAAACUGGGAAGGGGUCCAGUUUAAUACUGAUGAACUUAAACAUUUUCACACUUACUAAGUGCAAAAAAAAUAAUAACGAGUGGAAAAUAUUUAACAGACAUCUCCAAUAGCCCCGGGAAUGAUGAAUUGACGGAACAGCUCGUAGUACAUGCUCACUUUCCCGCCACUUCACAAAACCCGUUGAAAAGAACUGGCAUAAAAAGGAUUUCAAUCAUGAAUCUGUUCAAACAUUUUCAUUGUUUGUACUGUUCUUGUUUAAAGUGUUGUAAAACCACUUGGAAUAAUUGGCGUUAUUAAAAAUGUCAUAGUUUAUUACAUCAUGUUGUGGAUGCAUGUCUGCUAAAUUUGAAAACUCAAUAAGCGAUCGCAAUGAAUAAAAAAAACCGUCAGCGUCCUAUUUUUACAGCUGACUUAAAUUGGGUUACUUGAUAACCCAUAUGCAUAUUGUUAGCCGACUUAACUACUUAUAGGGGCAUGAGUCAUCUCCAGAGACAUGUGUGUCCUGUCAGCUUGGUGACAAUGCCUACAUUAUUUUAAACAAUAGGCCUACUGAAACGAUACUGCACAAUCCGACAUUCAGAAGACCCAUGGCGGACAGUGAGCGAAUAAAGGUUGUUUUUUUUCAAAUUAUCAAGCAGGUUUGCUUGAUUCUGUCCAAAAAGUGAUAAUUGUCAAAACGGAACGUCAUUGGACGUGCAUGUUUGUUAACAUUCAGAUCCUGUUCGUAUUCGUAAUCAUUUAUGUUCAUAAUCCUAUAAACCGAAACACAGCUUACUAGGUUUACAUUGUAUAUAGUGACACUGCAGCGCAAUUGUAAAUAUUGCUUUCGAAAACUUGCUUUGGCAUGGAGAAUAUAACAAAAUGGUUUAUGGAAUAUGCUGUUAUAUUUUUACCAUAAUUGAGUAUCAAAUAGCUUUAUGUAAUGUUGUUUAUAACUUUGUGUUGAUAGUGACUUUCUUAAUUGUGAACGAAUACAAUAAAGGCACAGAUUUAACAAAGA